UUAUUAAAAAUUAAAAAUUAAAAAAAAACAAAAAACAAAACAAGUAAGGUUGGCAAUUGUUGUCAUUUCUGUUUAAACCAGACGUAAUAAAGCUUGUUCAACUUCGAUUGCCACCAAAUCAAAACUUGCACUCGUUGCUUUCCUCCAUUUCCAUUUUUUAUUUAUAAAGCUUGCAAUUCCAAUCAAGUUAUUUCCUUCCUUUAUAUCGUCCACCGCUCCCUUCCCCUUCUUCCUUGAUCUUGAUCGGGAUUAGGGUUAAAGUUCUCUGUUUCCAGUCCCGAUCACGAUGGCGACCGACGAUCAGCUGUCGCGGCUCAUCUCCGAGCUCUGCUCUCGCCUCGUUGCGCUCCUGAACCGGGCACCCGCCCUGCCUCCCGCUGGAGCCCCGCCUGCGCCGAGGAGGCGCCUGCCUCGGCGGAUGUCGCCCGCGGGUUUCGCCUCGCUCCUCCUCGGCGCGUCGCUCGCCCUCAUGCUCUGUGGCUCCGUCACCUUUGUCAUCGGGUUCAUGCUGAUGCCCUGGGUGAUCGGGCUCGUCAUGGUGUUAUAUUUCGCUGGGAUCUUGUCCAAUUUGUCCGCGGGGGGGAGGGCCUUCCUUUUCCCCAAUAACUGCCCCUCCAUCCCCAAGGAAAUGUCAGGAUCACUGCUUUCUAAGCUUCCAUCUAGUUGACCUUGGAGCUACAAAUUGCAGUAAAUAAAAUAGUUUGCCCAUAAACGACUGAAGGCAGAAACCAUCAAGGAUCUUGACAAUUGAUGCUUUUUUCAAUAAUGACUGCUCUUAUCUCCAGAUUAAUGGGCGCUUGCUCAAUCUCUCUUUUAUCCAGUUUCUUUGUUUUUUCUUAUUUUGUUAAGAGUCGUGUACUUGUUAAUUGUGCACCAAUUUGUCUUCUUUCAAGGGGUCUCCUUUUUACUGUAUAGUCGCACUUUAAUUACACCAAGUAUUUCCCCGACAUUUGUCUUCUUUGAAUUGUCAUGUUUACAGAAAGGUUAUAAAAGCGACUUAUUCUUUGCCCUACA